AUGUCCCUGCGCCCCUCCCCGCCCCCUCUCUCCCCUUCUCCGCCUCCCCCCUUCCCUUCUUUCCCUUCCCCUAACCGGCACACCCUUCUCCCCCACCCCGACGACCCCCCACUUUUCCCCUCCCACGCCCGCCCCCUCUUUCCCCCCCUUCACCCACACCCCUCUUCCCCCUCACCCCCACCCCACGCCCCCACCUUUCCCCUCCCACGCCCACAACCCCCCUACACACAGAGAACGGGCGGGGCGGGGGGAGGUCGCAACUGGACAAACGGGCGGGGAGGGGGGAGGUCGCAACUGGACAGUGCGGAGCUGGACGUGCUAGAGAAGGCAGUGCGCAUCCUGCACCUGCGCUACCGCUCCUGCCUGCGCCCCCUCACCAAGGGGCGCCUGCCCUCCGUGACUGAGCUGAGGGAGCUGAGAGUGAGCGCUGAGGCGCUGGGAGUGAGAUCUGCCCUGCUGUGCCUCGACAGAAUACCCAAGGGCGACCCCCGCCGCCUCGCCCUCUUUGCCUUCCGCACAUUCGCCCUGCGCGCCGAGCUGGACGCGGAGGCCCUGCGCGACCUGGACGAGCCUCCCCCAGGCAACGCCUGGCCCGUCUCCUCCUACCGUGUCGGCACCCCCCGGCUCCGCGCCCUCCUAGAGGAUAUGGUAGAGGAGGUGGAGAGCCUAUGGAACGCCACCAAUAGGACCCUCUAUGAGGUUGCUAUAGUGCUCGCGCCGGUGCUGGCUCAAUACGCGUUGCUGGGGAAGGCGGUGGGGAUGGCUAUGGAGCAGUACUACGCGCGGCUGACUGUGAGGAAGCACGGGCGGGUGGUUAUGGCGGUGGGAGAUGAGAUUAUCCUGUGGGAUGAUGGGUUGGAAGAUGUUAGGGAGCUGUUUCUGGCUGAGAAGGCAGCGGAUGAGCAGCCGUUGGGGUCGGCUGUUCGGAUCGACAGCAUGAAUGAUUACUCGUGGUUUGUUUCGUGGAAUGGGACGUCUGCAGUGGAUAAUAUCCCGAGUGAAGUUUCAGUGAAGAAACUGCUGCAUUCGAUCGGGGCGCCGACUGCCAGGCUGGCGGGGUUGAGGGCGAAGGAUAAGGGGCUGCUGAUGGGUGUGACUGUACCGGAUGUGAGAAUAGAGGCAGAGAAACGGGUGCUGGCGCAGUUGCAAUGGGUGGUGGACGGUGGAGGGAAGCUGGAGAUUAAAGCCGCUCGGCCGCAGCACCAGGGGAUUAGUGCGGGCGUGGGGGAGCGGGAGGUGAUUGGGAGGGGGAAGAGAGCGGGAGCGGGGCCGGGGGGAGGGGCGGCGGCAGGGGGUGGUGCAGGAGGGGCGGGGGGGCCGGGGGGAGGGGGAGGGGGAGCGGGGGGAGCGUUGGGGGGAGGAGGAGGGGGGGAAGACAAAGCGCUGCUGAAGAGAUCGUUUGCCAAGAGGCUCGAGUCUCUGGAUUCAGCAGGCAUGGACGAACCUGAACCAGCGCAUGAAAUUCCGUAUGAGGAUCUCGUAGAGGCAACCAAGAACUGGGCGGACGACCUGCAGCUGGGGGAAGGAGGCUCCGCGAUUGUGUAUAAGGGCGUGUCGCCGGAUGGGGAGUUGUGGGCUGUGAAGCGAGGGAAAAAGGGCGGGCUAACACGGCUGCAGGACUACCACAGGGAGAUCGAGGCAGUGUCUAAGAUGCUUCACCCGAACCUGGUGCGCCUGAUGGGGUUCUGCCAUGAGAACGAGGAGCAGGUGUUGGUCUACGAGUAUGUGGCCAAUGGGACGCUCAGACAACAUCUAUCCCCAUUACAAGGUGACACAGAGAAAGGGGUUCUCUCGUUUGAGCAGCGGAUAGAGGCGGCCGUAGGGGUGGCGGAGGCCCUCCUGUAUCUGCAUUCGUGCAAGCCUGUGCUGGUGCAUCGAGACGUGAAGAGCCUCAACGUGUUCAUGGAUGACGAUCUACAGCCAAAACUCGGGGAUUACGGCAACCUCAAGUCGAUAGGAGACGAUGAAAGCGCCACCACACACACCCGCGUGGUGGGCACACCUGGGUAUCUCGACCCGCAGUACUGCCAGACGAGCGUGGUUUCCGUGUGGUCUGAUGUGUACAGUUUCGGGGUGGUCAUGCUGGAGCUCAUCACAGCCAAGCCGCCGGUGCUCAAGGAAGCUGACGACUCAGGAGAGAGAAUGGCGCUCGCCAAAUGGGCCACCCCUGCCAUCUGUGCAGGCAAUCUAGACGCUGUGGUCGACCCCAACCUAGCCCAAGCCUUCCCGCAGCAGCCCAUGCAGGCAUUCGCCAGCCUGGCAGCCAUGUGUGUGCAGCGGCAGCCCAAGGAUAGACCCAGCAUGCAGGAGGUGGUGCGGAGACUCAAGGUCAUUCGCCAGGCAGCCGCAGCUGCAUCAGUGUCCUCCCCCCCGCCCAUCAACACGCGCACCAACCCAUCAAUGCAACGCAUCCUUCCCCCCAAGCCUGGCAGCCGGGGCUCCUGGCGAGACAACCAGCACCUCACACCGCCCAUGUCGCCCCUUCUACCCACCACCCCCGAACCCUCCUACUCCCCCCGCGCCGCGGCCGCUGGCGGCGGCGGCAGCGGCGGGAUGAAAUCGAAAUCGGCUGAUGUGCCGGGUGCGGCAGCAGCGGCGGGGGGAGGAGGGGCGGCAGCUGCACAUGCAAAUGCGCAUGUGCAUGCGAGAACAAACUCUAUGGUGUCGCAAGGGGGUGCAGGGGGGUCUGUGCCGGUGGCGGCACAGGCGGAGUCGAGCAGAGGGCGCAUGUAUGGGCUGGGGCGGAAGGGCAAGAUGGUGAGUGCUGCUGCUUUGAUUCCACGGGGCAGCGCUACAACACCUGUUUUCUCCUUUGCUAAACUUUCUCCUCCACUGCUGCUCGCUGGGUCAUGUCUGAUGGUGAGUGCUGCUGCUUUGAUUUCUGUGGGGCGGAAGGUGAGGGUUUCACAUGAUGAGGGGGGGGCGUGCUCUUCCCUGGGCUCCGAGCACUUGAUUACCUAUGAUGCCCACCUUUUGUUCCUCCCCUCCCCUUGUUCGCUGCAGCAAAAGGAGAUGGCUGCACUGGCGAAGCUACAGCACACGAAUUUGGCAGCAAUACUGGGAUACGCAGCAGACAAGGAGGAUAUGCAAAUCGCCUACGACCUCCCUCCCAACUGCACGUGCCUUGAGAACUACCUCUUCCCAGAGGAUGGAGAAGGAGAGUUUUUGCCGCUGCGAGUGCGGCUGAAGGUGGCAGUGGGGAUCGCCAAGGGGCUGACUUUCCUGCACUCGAGCACAGUGGUGCAUGGAAACCUGCUGUCGCGAAAUAUUAUGCUGGAUAAGAACUUCACGGUGCUGCUGACAGGCUAUGGUCUGGCAACGAUGCUUUCCAAGACAAGCACCCGCAAGAACCUCAAAGGCCCGGACGGCAUGGCCAAGGACGCAUUUGACUACGGUGUUGUUCUAUUCGAGCUGCUGACGGGGCGGAGGGGAGCGCUGGUGGCGGACAGGGAGGGCGCAGACGGGCUCAUCGCGUGGGCAGAGCCGCGCAUCGAGGAGUAUGAGCUCAGCGCUGCUUGCGCCGAGCCCACCAAGCGCAUGGUGGUGCGGAUGUUAGAUGUGCUGGCGAAAGAAUGUGUUCAGGAGGACCCUAGUGGGUGGGUGUGGGGUGGGGGGCUGUGGGAAGAGCGCAUGGUGGUGCGCAUGUUAGAUGUGCUGGCCAAGGAGUGCGUUCAGGAGGACCCCAGAUGCCGGCCCACUAUGAAAGACCUGGUGGUUAGAUUAUACAGCCUGCAGGAGUCCCUGGCAUCGCAGUAG